AUGUCCAGCCCAGCCAAGAAGCGCAAGAGAAAUGGGGCCAAUUCAUCUCCUCAGCCGAUGCGCAGUAUUAAAUCGUUCUUCAAGGGCCAGACCGAACAACCAAAUCCAACGGAGCCCGACGUCACCGAGCAAACACUCUCGGAUGAAGCUCUGGCGCGUAGGUUACAAGCGGAAUGGAAUGCUCAAGAAAAUGCCCAAGACAAUACACCGGAAACUGCUUCAGAGAAUAUCAGUUCUUUAAAUGAAAACACGCAAGCAGAUCUGCAAAUCAAUGCAGCGCCGUCUACUUCAAUACCUUCGAGUCUACCUCCAGUGACUCCAAAAAAGAACACUUUAUCGCUGCAGUCCUCUGCAAAUACAGAGGAUAUCACAUCCCUUGCUAUUCCGUUCGACCAAAGUCCCCAGGCAUUUGAUGCUAGUCAGUACGCAGCGGAAUUGCAGUCGCAUUGGGCUAGCCAAGGCGGAGGUGCUUCCUAUGCUUUGUUAACAAGGGCUUUUGUUCUGGCGAAUGCAACUACCAGCCGAAUCAAAAUCGUCGAUACGCUCGUCAACUUCCUUCGGGUAUUGAUUGAAGGAGACCCAUCGAGUAUCCUUCCCGCGGUGUGGCUAGCAACCAACUCGAUAUCGCCUCCAUACGAUGAACUAGAGCUAGGUCUAGGAGGGUCGUCUAUUUCAAAAGCACUGAAAAAGAUCUAUGGUCUCGACAAUCAAAGUCUCAAAUCACUGUACGAUAAACAUGGUGAUGCAGGGGAUGUAGCAUUCGAAGCUAAGAAACGACAAUCCUUCACGCUUGUCAAACCAAAGCCAUUGAAGAUCAAGGGCGUCUACCAAGCCCUUAUGAAAAUCGCUACAAGCAAGGGGACCGGUAGUCAAGAGACUAAACAGAGGAUCGUCGAGAAGCUUCUACAGGAUACACGAGGCGCGGAGGAGAGUCGAUACAUUGUCCGGACACUAGUCCAGAAUCUGCGAAUUGGUGCGGUAAAAACAACAAUGCUUAUAGCUCUCGCGCGAGCUUUCAUCUACUCCAAACCGGUGGGAGCUGAAUUUCAAGUGCGGCCACAGAACGAAUUGGCUCGCUUAAAGAAGGACGAGCUGGCCGAAAUCUACAACAAUGCGGAAGAGAUUGUGAAAGCUUCCUAUGCCAGGCACCCGAAUUAUAACGAUCUCAUUCCAUGUUUGCUGGAGAUUGGACCUGCAGAGGAGCUUUUGGUUAGAUGUGGCCUGGCUUUGCACAUUCCAUUGAGACCAAUGCUGGGUAGCAUCACGCGAGAUCUGUCGGACAUGUUGACAAAACUGCAAGGAAGAAGCUUCAGCUGCGAAUACAAGUAUGACGGACAGCGCGCGCAGGUACACUGCGAUGAGCAAGGGAAAGUCUCCAUUUUCUCGCGCCAUCUCGAGCUCAUGACAGAGAAAUAUCCGGAUCUUGUAUCUUUGGUCCCGCAAAUCCGGGGAGAAGGCGUGUCUAGCUUUAUCCUGGAGGGAGAAGUGGUUGCUGUGGACCGGGAAACUGGUGACCUUCAGCCAUUCCAGACACUGACCAAUCGUGCGAAGAAGAAUGUUGAGAUCGGUGCUAUCAAGGUUAAUGUGUGUCUUUUUGCAUUCGACCUCAUGUAUCUCAAUGGCGAGCCUUUGCUAGAUCGACCAUUCCGAGAGCGUCGCGAACUCCUCCACAGUCUCUUUGUUGAAAUACCCAAGCAUUUUACCUGGGUCAAAAGCAUGGACGCCACAUCGGCAGAUUCUGAAACCGUGCUUGAGUUCUUCAAAGGUGCCACUGAUGUCAAGUGCGAGGGCAUCAUGGUGAAAGUACUCGAUAACACAGCGGCAGAUGCCCAACAAAACAACACCAAAACAACCAGCGAAGAAGCAGACCCCGAGGACGCCAUCCAAGAACCACCAGAACCAAAAAACGGCAGCAAGUCUAAAGAAAAGAGCACUCGCCGCAAAGCCCUCCUCUCAACCUACGAACCAGACAAACGCCUCGAAUCCUGGCUCAAAGUGAAAAAGGACUACAGCACAUCCUCAGAUACCCUCGACCUAAUCCCAGUCGCAGGCUGGCAUGGCUCAGGCCGCAAAGCCAAAUGGUGGUCUCCAAUCCUCCUGGCAGUCCGCAACCCGGAAACCGGCACUCUAGAAGCCGUAACAAAAUGCAUAUCCGGCUUCACCGACAAAUUCUACCAAUCCAACAAAGACAAAUACGUCCAAGGUAGCACGAACGUCAUUUCUCGGCCCAGCUAUGUCGAAUACUACGGUGAACCAGACGUCUGGUUCGAGCCGCAGGAAGUAUGGGAAAUGGCCUUUGCCGAUAUCACGCUGAGCCCGACAUAUCCAGCAGCCAUCGGGCUUGUCAGCGAUGAGCGAGGUCUGAGUCUACGAUUUCCACGAUUUCUCAAGGUCCGUGAGGAUAAGUCUAUCGAUGAGGCUACGACAUCUGACUAUCUGGCACUACUAUGGCGCAAGCAAAUGGAACGUGCUGGUGUAGAAAAUAGUGGGGUUGGGAAGGACGGGCUGGAUGAUCAGGUCGGCGUGGAAGAAUAG